CCUACUUCCUCCUCCAGCGUUUUAUUGGUCCGCUGCACUGACGUAAACGGCGCGCCAAGCGGCGCGAGGGUUUGAAGACAGGCUUGGUCGCGUCGUCAUGGAAACGCGGCCUCGCCGGUUCUCUUCUCACCGCGCUCGGAGGGAGAAAAGUUCCGGGGGUUUCGCGGAAGCUUCGCCGCGAGAGACAGUCAGACCGAGAGAGAGAAAGUUCGCCGGGAAAAGGGCAGCAACGAUUGGGAGGCAGCAUUUCUGUACCACUGUUGGUAAUGGAAGAGAUUGGAGGAGGAAGGUGAUCCAGAAGACGGACCAUUCUUUCCAGGCAAAGGCCAGGCAGCCGCGAAUAGAAGAUGGCCUCGUGUCUGUACGAAUGCCUCUGUGAGGCAGAACUCCAGAAAUAUUAUCCUCAUUUUACCGCCCUCGGCUUUCAGAAGAUCGACGAACUGGCCAAGGUCUCCAUGAAGGAUUACAGCAAGCUUGGGGUUCAUAACAUGAAGGACCGCAAGCGUCUCUUCCAGCUCAUUCGGAUUAUCAAGAUGUUGCAGGCUGAAGAGGAAGUGGUCAGGAAAAAAGAGGAAGAUUUUCAAAGAAGCGCCCGCCAUCUGCGACCUCAGCUCACUCGGUCUGGCCCACGGAGACAACUUCAUUUUGAUUCCGAGGAAAAAGCUGAACGGAAGGACUGUGUACCCGAGUCAAGCACUUUAUCUCACAGUUCUUCCAAUGAGAGUAAAGAAGAGGCCGCUCCAGAGUUCAGCCAUGAUUUGCUCUCCAAAAGACCCAUAGCUUGGACGGAGGAUCAGCUUGUUGCUCCAGCUAGAAGUUCCUCUAAUGAUGUUUUAGGAGAUGCCGACAUAUCCUUUGUGCAGAGGGUAGCUCAUAUCUCAGGCUACAAUUAUGGAGUGCCUCAUUCUUACACCAGAACGGGUGCAUCCGAGAAAGAGACGCCGUGGAUCGAAACGGACAAGAUCCGUGUGUGUGUACGAAAACGCCCCCUCGGUUUACGAGAAGAGAGGCGUGGAGAAGUGAACAUCCUCACAGUGGAAGACAAAGAAACUCUUCUGCUCCAUGAGAAGAAAGAGGCAGUUGACCUCACUCAGUACAUUUUACAGCAUGUGUUUUAUUUCGACGAAGUCUUUGGGGAGACAUGUUCCAAUCAAGAUGUGUACAUGAAGACCGCCCAUCCUCUUAUUCAACAUGUAUUUAGUGGAGGCAAUGCCACCUGCUUUGCAUACGGACAAACAGGGGCAGGGAAGACCUACACGAUGUUUGGCACUCCAAAAAACCCCGGCCUCUACGCCUUGGCCGCUAAAGAGAUCUUCAGGCAACUGGAAACCACACAGGCUAGGAAAGACCUCCACGUCUGGAUCAGCUUUUACGAGAUCUACUGCGGGCAGCUCUAUGACUUGCUAAACGGAAGAAAGAGGCUUUUUGCAAGGGAAGAUAGCAAGCACGUCGUACAGAUAGUCGGGCUGCGUGAAGUCCACGUGAAUACGGUCAGCUUGCUUCUGGAGGUCAUUCUGAAAGGAGGCAAGGAACGCAGCACAGGGGCGACUGGAGUCAACUCCGAUUCUUCCCGAUCCCACGCCAUUAUCCAGAUUCAAAUGAAAGAUCCUGCAAACAGAGUGUUUGGGAGAAUCUCAUUUAUUGAUCUGGCUGGCAGCGAGAGGGCAGCUGAUGCCAAAGACUCUGACCGACAAACAAAAAUGGAAGGAGCAGAAAUCAAUCAGAGUCUUCUAGCACUGAAAGAAUGCAUCCGUGCGCUCGAUCAGGAGCAUGCUCACACUCCCUUCAGACAAAGCAAACUGACCCAGGUCCUGAAGGACUCUUUUGUGGGCAACUCCAAGACGUGCAUGAUCGCCAAUGUGUCACCCAGCCACAUUGCCACAGAGCACACCUUAAAUACCUUGCGCUAUGCCGACAGAGUAAAAGAACUGAAGAGAGGGAUGAAGUCUUGCACCCCUACGGUCAACAGGCACCGGCCAACAGGACCCACCUCCCCGAAGCGCAUCCAGAAUUCUCCUUACGUCCAAGUGGGGGGAAAGAGCUCUCCCAAAAAAGCCAAGCUGGGGCUGCAGCACCCUCCCGUACCGACCCCCGGGUCCAAGACGAAGACCUCUUUGCUGUUUCAACCAGCUCAUCUUCCUUUCUCUUCCACUCCGAAGGGGCAGGGGUGCAAAGAACCGUCGGGAACUCCGUGGCCCGGGUGCCCCAGCCCAGAAAAAGGGAUUGCAUCCAAGAAGCUAGCCGAGGAUCCGACGAUAACUUUGGAGAAAAGCCAUCUCAGGAAGGACUUGGUGGGCAGGAGAGAAGGUGGGCAGCGGGUGAAGUGUCUGAAAGUCGAACCGGUGCAAAAGCAACUGGUUUCCAGGGCUGAUUUUUCCCACCACAGCUCAGAUCACCUGUUGGACCACGAGGAAGACCCCGGGAGACUCUUUGCAGAUCAGUGCCUUGCAGCCUGGACGGGGGCUUCCUCGCAUCAGAAGGACCGCGAGCAGCACCUGCGGCUUUACCACCAGCAGUUCCAACAGCCUCCUCUCCUGCGGCAGAAGUUAAACUACCAGCCCUUGGGGAAGUUUUUAGGUCAGUACACGUCUCAAGAGAUCCAGGUGAGGCCAGAGGCCCCUGGCCCUGCCCAGGUGUCCCCUCAGGGCCGGGAUGACACCAUGCAGCUCGAAGAGCUGGACGACAGCGACUUCAGCGAGGACUCUUUCUCCCCUGGGCCCAGUCAGAAGAAGACGGAGACGGAAGCGAGGAGGCCAAGCCACCAGAAUUCCUUUUUCCUCCACCCGGGGGUCCGAGGACAGGACGGACGAGAGGAGGAGAAGCUCUUUUGUGAAUGGUACGAGUUGGAGAUGGAAGGAAGAGCCUUUCCAAGCGAGGAAGAGUCGGGCAGCUACGAAGAAGGCCCCAGGAGUCUGGGUGACUGGAGCGCAGGAGAAAUAUCAGCGGUGGGUUUUUCCCUGCACAGGGGCAUCCCGGAGAAACCGUAUUGCUCAGAGGAAGACGGCCUUCCAGCUAAUAAGAGAAAGGAUAAAGAUUUGCCUGUUGAGCAGAAGUCGCCGAGCUACUCGGAUCCACCUCGCGGUUGCCCCAAUGGACACAUCUCCCCACCAAGGAAAACCACGCAAAGUCCACCUCUCCCUGCCGUCUUACUGGAACCCCCGUGUCCCGAAAAAACGGGUCGCCCCAAAAGAGCAGGCUUUUGUGGAGCUGUAGACUUUCCCAUGGACCUCACGGACGACUCGGUGGCGCCUUUGACCGUAUCCUUCCUCAACUCGGGAUCAGCAGGUCGUCAAGGGAAGGAGACGGCUGAAGGAGAAGCCACUGGCCCCGGCAAGGGUUGGGAUGAGGACGCCGGGCGCGCUGGCGAAGGCAGGUGGCCCCCUGCCUCCCACAUCUACGAAAUAAAUCCCUGGAGGAGGAAAAGUCAGCAGGUUCUUUCUCCGUGGGCCAAAUUCACGUGGCUUCCGCAGCCUUGUCCCUCUCCAGGUGACGCUUCCCUCUUGGAAGCCACCUCAGCUUUGGGUGACUGCGUUUGUGGCUACGCUAGCGAAGAUCCCCUGGCUGAACUCCUUCCUCGGCCCACGGAGGGAAGCGCCCGGCUUGGUGGAAACCUUCAGAUAAGCGAAUAUUCACUAUCCAUGACGUGGCAAAGAUGGCUGUUUCGUGGAGCUAUUCGGAUCAUCUGGGGAACAACUGGAUUUGCUGAAGGUUCCCCCAAGGAGAAGGACGUGCUGGGAAGGCAGCUGGUCCUUCGAACCCACCGGGAACAGCUGGACGAAAUGGCCGCCCUGUCUUCUCGGGAGAAAAGCUUGAUCGGCAAGAUGUCAGACUUGGAAAUUGAGGACUGUCUGAUGAAACUCGACGAAAUACUGAGGCUGAAAGCCGAAUGCAUCCACCGGGCACGAAGCCGGCUGCAGCUCUGUUUUGCUGCUGCUUCAAGGGGCGCCUCGCUUCUACCGGUUUCCUCCACGUAGUAGUAGUGGAGCUCGUGAGCCAGACUGCCUACGGACGGAUGGCACCUCAAAAUACCAAAGAGAUCCGAUUGUCAUGCGGCUCAGCAUGUUUUAGGAAGAAGCUGAAGUUACCUGUCAGUUACACUUGGCUGAUGCCCAAGAAGUUUCCUCUCCCUCCAAGCUGCUUCAAGACUGGAUCUUCCAGGGUCUUGUUGAAAGAAAGGGAGGGGAUAUUACCUGCUCCCCAAAUCAUCCAGCUUUCCUAACUGGCCUCACUGUGUGGUCGGGGGAGUGUCUGAGCUGCGAUCAAAAACGCCAGUGUUCGACAACAGGGAAACCCAAAGGCAGCUGCAUGAAUUGGUCUCUCUCCAUUUCCCUGCUUAACAAAAAUUCUACAUGAAUGCUUCAGCUCCCCUACUACCCUGAGAUGCCCACCAUCAAAACUAAAAGCUUCACAUUCAUUUGGAAUUGGAAGGGCCAAAGAUGGCGAAGAUUGAAAGCCUGCAGGCGAGAUAAAGGCAGCCUUUCCACUUGAAAUCUUCACGUUGGUUCUGUUAGGUAUUUGCGCUGGUGCGGAUGUUCGCUGGACAAAUCUCCGAUUCUUACCGACAAGAGUUCCGCAGUUGUUACAAACAGCAACGGGCCGAGGGGCUUCUGCAGUUUCAAAGAUCAGCAAUAAAGAAUAUUUAAAGAAAUGGUCACCUUGGGGCCGAGGAUAUGGAUCCGGUUAUCUUCCAACCUGGUGGGCCUUGAGCCUCAAAUUGUCAGGAGAUACACCAGAGAUUGUCUGAUUCUUUCCUUCUCGGGCUCCUAAGUGUUAAGGUUUAGGUGACAGAAGUAGAACAGGGCUGGUGGUCACGACGAGACAGCGAUUCAGCCAGAGUUGGGAGCCAGUCACCGAGACCACCGAGAAUACUAUCUGGAUAGGUAAUAAUUUGACUUCAGUUUGCCUCAACAUGUAGCCCAUCCUGGCUACUAUUCCGACUAAUUCCAAUAAUUGGGUGUCAUUUGGUCAUGGAGUUUGCAGACUAUUCCCACCAAGCAGGAUCUGAAACACGUCUAGUUCACCUCAAGCCUUACACGUAUGUUUUAGGGCCUGGAAGGCAAUGCUCACGCACACUCUUCCAAUGGUAAAGAACCAGGACAAUAGAAAGCGGUUGCUAAAAAGAGGAAACAGUGCUAUUUUAGCAAGACUGCUAGAAAUGCAUACAAUAGAUAUAAACCCAGCAGAUGGACUGAGAGCAACACACCUACAUUUUAAGGAGAAAAAAAAACCUGUAAAGAGAGCUUGGUUAUAUUGCAUAAGCACUUUGCCUUACCGUACCAAAAAAAGAGUGUCUUUAAGUACCUUUAAUUAAAGUGAAGGUGAUUCAAAUAGUUAACCAUGUCGAUUGCGGCAAUGCUAUGUGAAUUAAGUUAGAAUGAGUUUGAAGAUGCAUGUCAUUUUGUAGUGACAUUUAGCUUCAAAAUUUGCCAUAGUUGUGGACGAUGUCCUUUAAAUGAAGUACCCAGAUCGAAUGUAGUUCAAUGAUUUGAUUGCAAGAAUAAUUCACAAGUGGGAAGAAGGGCUCGGGGGCGUAAGCAACUAUGCCAAUGUGGGGUGGCGCCAGAAAUUCCCUCCAGCUUCUGACUUUCACAUCAGGGAACUUUGAGUGAAAGCACAGCUGAUCCUUUAGAAGAGGAAUGUUGACAUUUUGGGGACUGGUCACAAUAGGUGGGGCUCUCGAUAAUUAAACAUGACUUACCCAUUAAAUAAAAAUUAUUCGUGAUUACUUGCCAUAGAUUUGGUAGUUUUUCUUUUGAUGAUUUUUUUUACACACAGUUCUAAGAGGAUGAACGGGGGCCUUUUAUGCAAUCACAUUUUUCUCAUCUUUAUAAGCUGUUUCAAGAAUCUACUGGUUUAUAGACAGUAUUUCACUCUCUGAAGCUUUAUGAUGGGUGUGAACGUUCCCUGCUCCAAAUUCUGACACGGUCCCAGCCCCAAGUAGACUGGUGUAGAUUCUGCAUUAUCUUUUUUUCCCCUUCC